UUACAUAUACGCCUGACAUAAGUGAGAUGAGUUCAGAAUCCUUUAGGACUUACACGUGUUCGUUGCCUAAUUCAAUCAGGGUGAUCUGUUGUGUCUAGUGAUGUAGAACGUAGUAAACCGUAGUACGAUAUCGUAAUGAAAUUAAAUGGAUGUUUGAAAUAAUUAAUUGAAUUAUUUUAUUUUAAAUUACCUAAUGUUGUUUGGAAAUCUUUCUUAUUAAAAAAUUUAAUAGCUUUAUUUUCUGUCAUUAAAACAUGUUUUACAUCAUUUAAAUUGAUUAAGAACAUUUUUGUUUGUUGAAUUAUCUAAUUGGAUAUUUUAAAUUUAUUAUAAUUACAAUGGCAUCGAAUGGAAGUAGUGGAAAUCAAAAUGAAAAUGCUGGUUUUAUCAAAUCCAUAUAUCAAUUAGGGUCACUUUGGGAAGACCAUAAUAACGAACAAUCACGAAAACAACCUGGUAAAAUAAAUCAACCACUUUAUUACUUCAACAAUAUGUCAAAGCGUACUUGGAAAAGAUCAAUUCCAAAUGUUCCUGAAAAUAUUGAAGAAGAAAAAGAUAAUAAAGAAGUUGAGAAUCAAAUUGAAACAGUUAAAAAAAUGAUUCAGUUCAUAUCCGAUUGUGGAUUUCCAAUUACACAAGUAAACGGACAAAGGAAAUUAGGACCACCCCCUAAUUGGACUGGGCCUCCACCAGAUCCUGAAAGCGAAGUUUUUGUUGGAAAAAUUCCACGUGAUUUGUAUGAAGAUGAAAUUUUCCCAGUUUUUGUUAAAAUGGGAGAAAUUUAUGAAAUUCGUCUCAUGAUGGAUUUUUCUGGAAAUAAUCGAGGCUACUGCUUUGUAAUGUACACUAAACCAGAAUAUGCAAAGCGCGCCAUUAAAGAAUUAAGCAAUUAUGAAAUUCGUCCUGGUCAUCGGAUCGGUGUUGUAGCAAGUAUCAACAAUUGUCGACUAUGUGUGAAUCAUUUACCGCCUAACCUGAAUGUCGAGACGUUUAUCAAAAAAAUUUACGAAAUCACGGACAACGUAGCUAAAGUUUCAGUAUAUCGCUAUCAAGAUGGCCGAAUAAAAAAUGCAAUAAUUUUAUACAAAACGCACAUUGGGGCUGCUAUGGCCCGAAGAAGAUUGGUACCAGAUAGGACUAAUUUCUUUAAAGGAACUGAACUCUCGGUUGAUUGGGCUUGCCCUAAUGUGAAUGUUCAAAAUGUUAUUGAGGAAAGCGGAGUUCUUGAUGAAGAUGGUCAAGUAAAAAUAACGAAAACGAAUUUGUGUAUAAAUAAAAGGAGUAGAAGAAAUUCCUAUCGAAGUGAUACUGCAAAUGGAGAUAUGUCUCUUAAUUCGAAAGAUAAAGAAGCUUUUGAAGAAGAUUCCGGACGAAGUUCUAGGAAUUCAAUGAGAAGUAACUUUUCAGGACGUCAAAAAAGGGAGAAAUUCGUUCAUUUUCGAAAUCAUUCGAAUAAACAACGUGCCAUGUCUGAAAAUGAUCUACGUAAAAGCAAUCUCAAUUUGUCACUGCGGCCAGUUUCAAAACAAUCAAUAAUGGCUAAAAUGAGAGGAUCUCAUAGUAGCCUUAAUAGUAUUCAUAAUAAUAAUAACAACAGAAAUUCAAGAAACUACAGAUCGAAUAUGGAUCUUUCUAAAACAAGUAGUAAUUAUCACAAUUAUCCAGAAACAACUAAUAUUCUUAAUCGUCCUUUUUUCAAUCAAGAAAACAAUCUGAGAAAUGCAAUGAACUAUCAACCUAUGUAUUUGUCGAAUCCAGCAAUCUCAGCUUCAUUACAAAAUCUUUCUUUUAACAAUAAUCGCAUUGGAUCAAGUUCCAUGAUGAAUUUGAAUUCUCAAAGUUCUUUAAGAGAUGGAAUUAACAAAGAUAAAUGUCUUUCUGUUGAAAAUAUUUCACAAUUUUUCAAUAACUAUCUUAAUUUGGAACCUGGACCAAAUUAUGCAGGAAAUGGACUCCUCAGUUCGAUGGUGAACAACGGAUUCAAUCACAACUAUGGUUUAAUGUCUAAUGGCAAUAAUCGUAUGACCAAUGGAAACAGCUAUGUUCAACCUAAUUUCCCCAAUCCUAAUUGGAAUUUAGGUCAACAGAAUAAUUUUGAAAAUAUGAAUAAAACAGGGCAUGUUGAAAUACCAAAUAAUUCUGGUAGUUUUAUAAAUCAUAAUCAAAUGCCAAAUUAUUAUCCAGGAGUCGUUAAUAAUAAUCAAUAUUACAAUGCUAUUCCAAUGCCAUCAGACAUUGGAAUUUCUUUUAACGAUAAUUGUUGUGAAAAUAAUCAAAACUUUUUGAAUAAUAUUAAUGGCAUAAAACCUUUUUAUAACUUUUGUAAUAAUGAAAAUACUCAAAGAAUCACUCUCAAUAAUAUGGGAGUCACAUGUAUGCCAAAAUAUGAUACAAAAGCAUUUGGUUUAGGUAAAAUGAAACCUAAUUUUCAACAAUAUCCCAGACCUAUAUUAAAUAGAAAUUUAUCAGAAAAUGUUAAAUAAUUAUCUUCAUUUUUUUAUCGUACAUAAAUUGUACUUAACUCUUUUUUUAUU